AUGAAAGGGGGGCCUUGCAAGGACGAAUUCAUUGCGUGGGAGAAUUGUGUGGAGGCGGCUGAGAGCAACAAGGAGAACAUAGUUGACGCGUGCUUUGAAGUGACGGGGCUUCUGAGGAAGUGUAUGGAGGCACACAUUGACUACUACGAGCCUAUUUUGAGGGCCGAGAAGGCAAUGGAAGAGGAGGCCACUCGAGAAGCGUCGGAGGAAGAACAAGAACCCAUCACUCGGGAUAUCGCAGAGCCCGCAAAAGCUUCUGGCGCACAGCAAGGCAAGUAG